UGGUGGCAAGACUCACCAUUCACAUCAAGUGGAUUGAGGAAGAGCAACAUCAAGCGCUAGCGCGGGAGACUACUGGAUAGAAUCAAUCCCGGGACAAAGAGCUAUCCCUACAUUUACAUCAUAGAUAUCUACCAGAAGGAGGUAGCAUAUCACCAGCCCUCAAAUGCACCAAUCCUCAUCAAGAUGCUCUCAUGAGUUUCGAUCUAGACCGGAACGUCCCGGCACCGUUUUCGAGUAAAGUUGAUGAAUUUACGUGUAGAUGACAUGCUCACAUGAUGCAUCCCAUAGCUCGCGGUGACUUUAUUACGAGGUAUGAUUAUGGGUGUAUCUGCGAUGGAAGGAUAUUCGAGCAUAGACACGUGCGUCAUCCAUUUUACUAUUUGGAAGCGCCCUACAUAAACUGGUUGCACCCAAGGGUUCCAUGUGGCAUGUGCUACGCUUCAGAUUACUCUCAACUCCUUCGACAUAUUCUGCAACCAUAGGCCAGACACAAUGGACUCAAUCGAGGCACGGAGGAACGAUGCAGUGCGAAUCAACAACAAUUUCGUCAACGGAAGACUUGCCGAAAUUGCCAUCACCCGUCGUGGAUCGGACUUUUAUUUUGCCAUUUGUGCUAUUAUGACUGUCGCGGCUAUGGCUUUCAUUGGUCUAGCGUUCACGAAACAUCGUCGCGACCGUAUUUUCCAUUACAUUACUGCUGCUAUUGUGCUCGUCGCUGCCAUCGCUUACUUUACAAUGGGCUCUAACCUUGGCUUCACUCCUAUUGCCGUUGAGUUUCGUCGUUCUAAUCCUAAAGUCCGUGGGCUCUAUCGUGAGAUCUUCUAUGUUCGAUAUAUCGACUGGUUCAUCACGACUCCCCUACUUCUAAUGGAUUUACUUCUUACAGCCGGUAUGCCGUGGCCAACAAUCUUAUGGGUCAUUUUGAUUGACGAAGUCAUGAUUGUUACUGGUCUUAUCGGCGCACUGGUCCGCUCUUCCUACAAGUGGGGUUACUUUACGUUCGGUUGCGCUGCGCUAUUCUACAUCCUCUAUCAGCUUGUUUGGGAAGCCCGCCGUCACUCCUCCAUACUUGGCGACGAUGUCCGCAGGGUAUUUUUCUACUGUGGCUCUUUGACUGCUCUCCUCUGGACCCUCUACCCAAUCGCAUGGGGAGUCUGUGAGGGAGGAAACAUCAUCGCCCCCGACUCCGAGGCCGUGUUUUACGGCAUCCUUGACUUCCUUGCAAAACCCGUCUUUGGUGCCCUCUUGAUCUGGGGACACAGGAACAUUGAUCCCGCUCGAUUAGGAUUGGCCAUUCGCGAUUAUGAGGAUGACCCAAGUUACCGUGGUGGAACCCAGGGACUGCAUGAAAAGCACGGAGCUACGAAUGGCCAUACCAAUGGUGUCCAUGCAGCUCCUGGUACUACAAACAGCGUAACUAAUGGUGUUCACGCCACUGAACAUCCUGAGCCUACCACCGGCGUUACUUCUGGCUAUCAUACCGCGCCUGGUACAGUCACGACUGGUACUGGUGCUCCACCAGCGCAGGUUGCGAAUACUACAGUCUAGCCAAUUCCAUAUCAGCCAUUUACCAAAAUGCGAGG